CCAGCGCGGGCGGGGCUCGGCUCUGUCUGCCGUGUUCGUUCUCCUGCUCGCCCGAUAUUCCGCUCUAAUCCGCUCUCUCGCUGGCUGUUUGCUGUCAUCUCCUUCGUCUGUUACUGCCAGUCGUCACGGCCUGCCAUCGUCCGGAGCUUCUAUCGCAUAACGAAAGCAAGCGGUGCGGGUGGGCGGUAUGUAAUCUCCUUGUGGCUGCUCCUCCUUUAACUCGCAGCUGGGACGAGUGCGCGUCUUCCCCCGCGUCGCAGAAAUCAUGUGAGGAGCAGUAGCGGCGGAGCUGAGGAGGACCGACGGCAGGGAGAGUGGCUGAGGCUGACAGGUUGCAUCGAGAGAGCAAGCAGGAGAGACCUGAGAGGGCCUGGGGUGUGAAAUAAGAGAUCCCGUCCCAGCAGAGGGUGCCAUCUGACCUGAACGAGACGGAAGAGUCGUGUGACAUCAGCCGACAGACUUGCACCCGACCUGACUGUGCACUCCAUUUUAUUUUUUGGUUGUGAUCAUUUCUUCCCUCUACCUAGCCCUCCCCAGGAAGGGGUGGGGGAGGGCGAGAUCCCUUUUGUCAAACAGCUGGAUUUUUGUGUUUUUUAGGGGGUGGCGGGGGGGGCACUCUGUAAGCAGUUUGCACAGAAAGACCAAACGCUUGUACCAGACCUGAGCAGCCGGUGGGCACUUGGGCAGUGAGCAGCUUUGCUUGGGUGUCCGAUUCCAACCCCCCCCCACCACCAUCCCUUCCAAGGGUGUCACGCAUUUUGGACGAGAAAGUGGAGAUUUGUUUUCCGGGACGUCAAGAGUCCUCCCAAGAGAAUUGGAGGCUGCAACGGCAGCACGUGGAAUUUAUACAUUCUGCAAAAAAAAAAGAACCACCACCACCACCCGUUCAAAAUAACAAACCACCCUGGUGCCUCUUUGUUGUGACUGGAGCCGGGAAUUGUGGGAGAAGCAAUGGGAAUGGCAGGAAAGGAUUACGACCACCUGUUCAAGCUGCUCAUUAUUGGAGACUCCAAUGUCGGGAAGAGCAGUUUGCUGUUGCGGUUUGCGGACAACACCUUCUCAGGAAGUUACAUCACGACGAUUGGCGUGGAUUUCAAGAUCCGCACCGUUGAGAUUGAUGGGGAGAAGGUGAAACUGCAGAUCUGGGACACCGCCGGCCAGGAGAGGUUUCGCACGAUUACAUCCACGUACUACAGAAACACGCAUGGAGUGAUCAUCGUCUACGACGUCACCAACCCCGAGUCCUUUGUGAAUGUUAAGCGCUGGCUGAACGAGAUCGGACAGAACUGCGACAACGUCUGCAAAGUCCUCGUGGGGAACAAGAACGACAACCCGUCCAAAAAGCAGGUGGAGACGCAGGAUGCCCGGCGCUUCAGUGACUCCAUGGCGGUUCCAUUCUUCGAAACCAGCGCCAAAGAGAACAUCAAUGUGGAAGAGAUGUUCAUGGCUGUCACGCACAUGGUCCUGCGGGCCAAGAAGGCGUCUCAAGCCCGGCUGGUGCAGCACGGCGAUCUGGUGAAGAUCAACGGCAAGCAGCCCAAGAAGAAGGUGAAGCGAUGCUGCUGAAAGAAAAAGCGGUGGGGACGAGGGAGUUGGGGGGAGAACGAGCACAGAGAGAGAGCGAGCGAGCGAGCGAGAAGGCAAGGCGACGUUGAACUGCCCCCUGCUGGCUGGCGCCUCUGUGACCACCACCACCACCACCACCAUCUCACGAGCCGCCACAACUGGGCAGCGGGGACGAGCCUGGCAAGUGAGGGGAACUGAUUUGAAGGAACCACUUUUUAUCUCGUCGUCGUCUUUUUGUUUUUUUUUGUUUUUGGAUUCUACCAAAGCCACUUCAGACUUUUUAAGGGGACGGGGCAGGUUGGAUUAUGGUGGUGGGGGGUGUGGGGGACCCUGUAUGUGCUGCUCAUUUUGGGAUGGACUGGAUUUGACUUUAGGGUUGUUGCCACUGCGAUGACCUACCAGCCUGCCUCCUCUCAUCACACCCCACCCCCCAUUCAGCCUUGGAGUUGGGGGCCGGGGGGG